UGGGCAUUAGCAGCACGUGCAGCCACCACGUGUGCCACCAUCCCGCAGUCACCAUGGCACGCGCUGCCCGCCGGCACCCACAGCUCUCUGUGUCUGCUGGGUGGCACACGGAAGGAGCUGAGCCUGCCGCGCCGAGGGAGAGCCUGCCGAAGCAGCAACAGGAAGAGCCUGGUGGUGGGGACUCCAUCUCCAACCCUCUCGCGCCCUCUCUCCCCACUCUCAGUGCCCACAGCUGGGAGCAGCCCCUUGGACAGCCCUCGCAACUUCUCCGCCAGCACCUCCAUCAACUUCCCCUUCGCCCGCAGCCACGCUCCUCGGACUGACAGGGCUGAUGGCAGAAGGUGGUCACUGGCUUCGCUCCCCUCAUCUGGCUAUGGGACCAACACCCCCAGCUCCACCGUCUCGUCAUCCUCAUCCUCCCAGGAGCGGCUGCACCAGCUGCCAUACCAGCCCACCCCCGAUGAGCUGCAUUUCCUCUCCAAACACUUCCGCAGCACUGAGAGCGUCACGGAUGAGGAGGGGCGGCACUCGCCCUGUCUGCGCCCACGAUCCCGGAGCCUGAGCCCUGGGCGGACGAGUGGAACAUUUGAUAACGAGGUCGUGAUGAUGAACCACGUCUACAAGGAGCGGUUCCCCAAGGCUACAGCCCAGAUGGAGGAGCGCCUGCAGGACACGAUCAGGAACUUCUCUUCCAGCAGCACUCUGCCUCUGGCCGACGGGGUGCUGGGCUUCAUCCACCACCAGAUCAUCGAGCUGGCUCGCGACUGCUUGGCCAAAUCCCAGGGGGCCCUCAUCACUUCUCGCUACUUCAUGGAGCUGCAGGAGAAGCUCGAGAAGAUGCUGAGAGAUGCCCAGGAGCGUUCAGAGAGCGAGGAAGUGAAGUUCAUUGACCAGCUGGUGAGGAAGCUGCUGAUAAUCAUCUCCCGUCCUGCUCGCCUUCUGGAGUGCCUGGAGUUUGACCCUGAGGAGUUCUAUCAUCUCCUGGAAGCUGCUGAGGGCCACGCCAAAGUUGGUCAGGGCAUAAAGACCGACAUUCCCCGCUACAUCAUCAGCCAGCUGGGGCUCGUCAAGGACCCUCUGGAGGAGAUGGUCCAGCUGGACCACUUUGACAGUGGGAACACCAUCACCCCUGAGAACGACGAUGCCUGUGAGAGCCAGCAGUCGGUCAGUGCUCCUCGGAGGAAGCCCUGUGAGGGCGACUUUGAGACCAUCAAGCUGAUCAGCAAUGGAGCCUAUGGGGCCGUGUACCUGGUGAGGCACAGGGAGACGCGGCAGCGCUUUGCCUUGAAGAAGAUCAACAAGCAGAACCUCAUCCUGCGCAACCAGAUCCAGCAGGUGUUUGUGGAGAGGGACAUCCUCACUUUCGCAGAGAACCCCUUUGUGGUCAGCAUGUUCUGCUCCUUCGAGACGAAGCGACACCUCUGUAUGGUGAUGGAGUAUGUGGAAGGUGGGGAUUGUGCCACGUUGCUGAAGAACAUGGGCCCGCUGCCCGUGGACAUGGCGAAGAUGUACUUCGCUGAGACUGUGCUGGCACUGGAAUACCUCCAUAACUACGGCAUUGUGCACCGAGACCUCAAACCUGACAACCUGCUCAUCACCUCCAUGGGCCACAUAAAGCUGACAGACUUUGGGCUGUCCAAGAUUGGCCUGAUGAACAUGACCACCAACCUCUACGAGGGGCACAUGGAGAAGGACACCAGGGAGUUCAUGGACAAGCAGGUGUGCGGCACACCGGAGUACAUCGCGCCCGAAGUCAUCCUCAUCCAGGGCUACGGGAAGCCCGUCGACUGGUGGGCCAUGGGCAUCAUCCUGUAUGAAUUCCUUGUGGGCUGUGUCCCCUUCUUUGGGGACACCCCUGAGGAGCUCUUCGGGCAGGUGAUCAGCGAUGAAAUCAUGUGGCCAGAGGGCGAUGAGGCUCUUCCUGCUGAUGCUCAGGACCUGAUCACACGGCUGCUGAGGCAGUGCCCGCUCGAGCGCCUGGGCACCGGGGGUGCGCACGAGGUGAAGCACCAUGCCUUCUUCCUCCACCUGGACUGGAACGGGCUCCUGCGGCAGAAAGCGGAGUUCAUCCCACAGCUGGAGUCAGAGGACGACACCAGCUACUUCGACACUCGAUCCGAGAGGUACCGGCACUUGGACUCGGAAGACGAAGAGACCAAUGAUGAGGAAUCAUCUGUGGAGAUUGGCCAGUUCUCCUCCUGCUCCCACCGCUUCAGCAAGGUGUACAGCAGCUCCGAGUACCUGGCCACGCACUCCAACCUCAGCCUCUCAUCUUCUGAUCGGAGCCACAGCGAGGACAAGGAGGACAGGGCAGAGCGGUGGGACCGCCACUCGGGUGACGAGGACAAGAACCGGCCAUCGGGCGCAGAGCCCCGGCUGCGGUCCUGGACAUCCUGCAGCUCCACACCGUACACUGCCCAGCACGAGCGCAGCCGCAGCCCUGCUGCCCUGACCAGCACCUACAGCCUGGACACCAUGCCCAAGUUUGCCUUCUCCUCAGAAGAUGAAAGCCCUUGUGUGGCCUCAGCCAAGCCGGAGCGACCCAAAUUUGUGCUGGGAGACCCUGACUCUGGGGUGAAGACCUCAUCGCUAUCUGCUGAUCUCGUCAGUCUGAACCGCAUCCGCCUGCGGAGCAACAGCACCGGCACCAAGAACUCAGCUCCACGAGGCUUGGAGCCAGGCAGCAGCCGCCGGCUGAGCAGCCAGAGGGAUGGCGUGGAGAGGCCAAGAGCUUCACCGGGCAGCCGAGUGCCCAAAUCUGCUUCUGUCUCAGCCUUGUCCCUCAUCAUCACAUCAGAUGACUUCAGCAGCGGGGCCCUCAUGAGCCCCAUCUCCCCUCACUCGCUUUCAUCCAACCCCUCUUCCCGCGACUCGUCCCCGAGCCGGGAUUCCUCCCUGGCCAUCACCAGCCUGAAGCCCCCCAUCAUCAUCCACAGCUCAGGCAAGAGGUACGGCUUCACGCUGCGUGCCAUCCGCGUGUACAUGGGGGACAGUGAUGUCUACGCUGUGCACCACAUGGUCUGGAGCGUGGAAGAAGGGAGUCCUGCACAGGAAGCAGGGCUGAGAGCGGGUGAUCUCAUCACACACGUGAAUGGGGAGUCAGUGCUGGGCCUGGUGCACCGGGACGUCGUGGAGUUGCUGCUGAAGAGUGGCAAUAAGGUUGCCCUGAGGACCACCGCCCUGGAGAACACCUCCAUUAAAAUUGGCCCCGCCCGGAAAAACAGCUCCAAGACAAGGAUGGCCCGAAGGAGCAAGAAGAGCAGGAAAAGGGACAGCCAGGACAGGAGGAAAUCCCUUUUCAAGAAGAUCUCCAAGCAGUCUACGGUCCUGCACACCAGUCGCAGCUUCUCCUCCGGCCUCCACCACUCACUGUCUUCGAGUGAGAGCCUCCCAGAGUCCCCUACGCACAGCCUGUCCCCAGGUCCCACGACGCCCUGCCGCAGCCCCGCUCCGGACCUGCCCCCAGAUGCGGUGUCCCCACAGAGCACCUCUCCCUCCUCCAGCACCCCCACGUCUCCAGCUGGCCACGUGCGGCCCAGCACCCUGCACGGGCUGGCCCCCAAGCUGGGCGGUCAGCGCUACAAGGUGGGACGCCGCAAGUCCACCAGCAGCAUCCCGCCCUCACCCCUGGCCUGCACACCCACCUGUGCCCCGCGGCCCACGUCCCCGCAGAGGUCCCCUUCCCCGCUGCUGCCCGGACACCCCAAAACCACCCAUCCCUUCCAAGGCAAGACUGUCCCCCCCACCAUUGUGCGGCAGGGGCCGCGGCCACGCAGCGCCGAGUGCCCCCGCUCACCCCUCCUCAAGCGCGUGCAGUCAGCAGAGAAGAUGGCAACCUACCUGGCGGAGAAGAAGAGCGUGGGCAGCCGCAAGCUGGGGCCGGAGAUGCCUGCACGGGAUGGGACUGGGGAGGUGUUGGGGGAGGGCGAAGCGCCCGGCUCGGUGCACUCCGGGGAGCACGGCCAUGUGGCAGCCUGGCGGCAGGGAGAGCAGGAGAUGGUGGUGAUGCGGCGCCUGAACCUCUCUGAGCGCCGCGACUCCUUCAAGAAGCAGGAGGCUGUACAAGAAGUCAGCUUUGAUGAGCCGGGCAGUGAGGACGGUGCCAAGAGCGACACAGGGCAGGGCGAGGGCUGCGUGGAGCCCAGGGUCGGCCGGGUGCCGCAGAUCGCAGUGCAGGGCUCAGAGGGUGACGAGCAGGAGCCGGUGGGCUGGCAGUGCCAGGGCUCCUACCCACUGCACCUGUUGGGCACUGAUGGCUCUGCUGGCAUCGCUGUGCCAUGGCGGGACGGCCGCCGGCAGCACCGGACCUGUGGGGACAGGGCCUCCCCGGGGCUGUCAGCACGGGACAUCCCCUAAAAGCCAGCCUGGGCACGUGGCUCCAUGGGAUUUAACGCACUGCGACCUGGAGGUGCGACUUCUGUGCUCCCGGAGAGAUGCUCAUGUUUUUGCAGUGGUGUUCCCCUGGUGAGGCCCACACUGUAAAGAAAGGACUCGACGCAAAUACUCAGAACUACUCCAAACUAA